GACGUUGUUUCUAAGCGACGUUUCAUUGACAUUAGCAUCAAUAAGUGAGAGUAUCCACAUACAAGAAUUUCAAGCGACAUUUUAGCGAUUUAUUCGAGACAUGGAGACAAUUUUGAUUCCAAGAGUGUCUACACUGACAAAAGAUAUGGGAAUAUUUUCCAACCUUGCAAAGUUUUCCGCCGUCACUGGAUAUGUUCCAAGUGUAAUCACAACAUCAGAUUUUGAGUACUACCCAAGCAGACAUGGCAAUAGAUUCACAAGCUUCCUUCGUUCUUUGAGAAACUCUGUACUCAAGAGAUCCAGACCAGGUUACGUCACCCUUGCCUCUGACGAAUUUAAAUAUACACUGUUUUCAUCUGAGGCACGCACUGAGUUGAGGGGGCGCAAGCGGACAUUGGUUAAGUUAAUAAAGAAACAUGAAAUAGCCCUGGUAGCACUGAGAGAAGCUAGAAUGAAAUGUUGGAAGUCAAAGGAUAAGACUGAGAAAUACAGGUUGAUAUUAGAGACACAGAGAUCGUCAUUGAAAUACAACCAAGAUGAACUGAAAAUCAGAACCGCUGCUAUUAAGGAUAUGGAAAUUAUGUUUGACAAAUGGAUGGCCAUUCACGGAAAUCAUCAUAUUGAGUUUGAAACAAAAUUCCUUGAUGAAAUCAAAUACAGAGAAAAAAUACAGAAGAUUUCGAAAGACGUUGAAGUCGAUAUACUUGAGAUGUUGACAGAAGCCAUCCAAACUAUGAUGAGCAAUAACAAACAGUAUAUAAGUGAUACAGAUAUAGACAAACUUUCACAGCAACUAUACAGUCAGACAAGCCGUUCAUACAAGUUCACUCAAGCUCAGAACAUACCAUGCCAGAAAGUCUGGAUUGAAAAGCCACAGUAUGAAAACAGCAGUUUGAGUAGAGAAGACAUCAGCAAAAAGCUUCUUCAGAGGAAGAUCGAUUAAUGAAUAUUAUUAAGAUAUUAGAUUAUUUAUAACGAAUUGGGCGCAAAAAAGAAUAGACAUAAAUAUUAAAUAUGUCUCUUUGCUCAGAA